CUAAAAAACAUAACUUCUUAAUUUAUUGAUCAGAAAAAUAGACAUCUCAAUCCCUUACCUACCCCAUUAAGACCAUGGAAUCAUUAGUCUAGGUCAACUUUGUUGACCAAUAUAAACGUUUAUCGUCGUUAGUGUCUAAAUUGGCUUGAUGUUGUUUGAUGAAAAUGCUCCAUUGGAAAUGUGUGGUUAGAUAUUUUCAUCAUCUCAGUCUUCAUAAUCAUCAUCUUUGUCAUCAUAAUGUUCUUUUUAUCUAUAUUUUUGUUCCAUUGGUUCUUAUGCUCAACCACCCUAUUCCUCUUCCAUUCAAUGCUCCUGAAUUCCCUCAAAGCUAAAGCUACUCUUGCUUCACUAACACUUCUCUUUCUCUCUUGACUUCCCUUUGAGGUCAUGCUACUGUUCAGCUUCAAACUCAUUUUAAACGUUAAACCAUCUACGCUUUAUCGUGGUUCUCUCUUUCUUUGAUCAUCUGUCUCUGUUUAUUUCCCCUAUGGAAUCUCUGAAACAAGCUUCUUCUGGGUUCUGCUACCACCAAGGCUUCUCAGGUGUUCUCCAAGUGUUUGUUCACAACGCAAGAAACAUCCACAACAUCUGCAUCUACGAUAACCAAGACGUCUACGCCAAAUUCUCUCUCACGUACAAUCCUGACGACACCAUCUCCACUAGAAUCAUCCACAGAGCAGGCAAAAACCCUGAAUUCAACCAGAAGCUUAUGAUCGAUGUGACUCAGAUCGAUGCCCAUGCUGCAGUUCUCAAAUGUGAGAUCUGGAUGAUGAGCAGAGCCAGACAUUACAUGGAAGAUCAGCUUCUUGGUUUCGCUCUUGUCCCAAUUUCAGACAUCAUAGGUCAAGACAGUGUAACUCAAGACUACAGUCUUUCCUCCACCGAUCUCUUCCAUUCCCCUGCUGGUACCGUGAAGCUCACGCUUUCCAUUGUUAACCCUUCCUCUACUUCUUCAUCUAAUCCCAAGAUUAACACCACGUCGAUUUCUUCCGAGGUCGUGUUGCUUGACCCACAAGUCUCUGAAACAGUAGAUUACACGAGGAUCGAGUUCCCUGACAUCAAUGUUGUUAACGAGAACAAACAGAUGGUUACAGAGUACUUCAAUGAAUCCGGAACCGCUUCUUUUCUCUGUCUAGGCUCAACACAUGGACCAGAAACGGACAUAUCAAUGGUGUGCUCGGAAGAAAAAGAGCUUUAUGGGAAUGGAAGCUUCAUGGCUUCUUCUUCAACAACAACAAGCUUAAGCGACGACAAGAACACAGCAGAUUCAAACGAGAAAGAGAAUCGAGAGAUCACAGAAGUAUCAAGAAGAAGAAACAAAGAAGUAGAAGAAGAAGAGGAAGAGAAAAAGAUGAAUGAAGAAACAACAAUGCAGAAACAGAUAGCAGAGAUGUAUAUGAGAAGUAUGCAACAGUUCACUGAGUCUUUGGCAAAAAUGAAGCUUCCCAUGGAUCUUCAUAAUAAACCACACGAGGAAGAUCACAGUAACAACAACAACACUGCAACUCCAAUUCAAAAUCAGAAUAAUAAUAAUAGUAAUGGAAUGGAGAAGAAAAAAGAAGGGUCUCGUGUGUUUUACGGUAGCAGAGCAUUCUUUUAAUGGAAUCAACAACAACAUUGCAAAUAAGUUGUUUAACAUUUUAGCUUCUUCUAUGUUUGAUUCACAUAAUCUUCCUACAA